CCAUUUGAAUUGUAAUGGUUUUUUUUCUCUUUUGGUUUGUAGGAUGCAUCGAAGAAGAAUGUGUUGAAUUUGUUAGAGAAGAAAGGGAAUAAAACUGAAUUUCAACUAGGAUUCAGGUUUUUUUUUUUUUUUUUUUUUGUGUGGUAUGUGAUGAUCAAGUUUGGUUUUUCAAUCUGGAGCUGUUAUGGUUUACGCUGUGUUGUCAGGAAACCGGCUGUCGCUAUGAUAGCUGGUGUUGAUGGAGGUGGGAAGACAACAUCCCUUGGUAAGUCAAGAAUUUAGCUACUAAUUAUUGGUUUUGAUUUGAAUUUUGGAAAUGAGGUAAUUUUUUUGAGUGGUUGGAAUAUUUACCUAAACCAAUUUAAUGAUUGCCAAAUUUUUAAUGGUUUCUGGUAAUAUACACAUUGAGAGAAGUGUGGCUCCAAAUUGUGAGAAGGUUUGAGUUGUAGAAUUUGACUUGGAAGCUUAGAGAGGCUUCAUUAGUUCAUUGCUUUUUUGAGAAGUUUCAGGUCCGCCCAAAUACAGUCUCAUGGACUUGUGUUCUUGAGACUCUCUCUCUCUCUCUCUCUCUCUCUCUCUCUCUAUAUAUAUAUAUAUAUAUAUAUAUAUGCAACUUCUUUUUUUCCUAUUGGUUGCUAAAGAAAUGUGAUCUCAUUCGCUGCUGCUGCUGCUGCAGGAAAGCUAGCAUAUAGAUUGAAGAAAUCAGGGGAAAAGGUGAGAUUUUGCUUGCUUUUGUUGCAAUGUGAUAGAUGCCUUUACAAAGAGAGAGUAUUAGGAUAUUGAAAUUUGCAUUAUCUGUAGAGCUGAAUUGAAGAUAAUAUUGAUCCAAGUUUCUGGCAACUGAUUUGACAUCCCAGGGAAAAAGUGCUCAUUGUGAUAAGGACUCAAAAGGUUUAUGAAUAUGUUGUUGAAUUUUGGCUCUUGACGAUGCUGUUUUACCAAAUACCAAUACUAUCUGUUGAUUCCACUGGUAUGGAUUAAGAUUUAGAUUUAUUUUGGAGAAUUUGAAAGUUGUAGCCUUUUCUUGGCUUGCAAUUAAAGUGCAUGGUCUAUGUUUCAGAAGGACUUCCUUGUUCCUCCACACAAAUUCCGUAAUGAGUUGUGGAUGUAGAGAAAUGCAUGCUGUAUAAUUUUUCUUUCAAAAGACAACAUUUAUUCUUCCUUUUGGCUGUAUCCUACUACCCUGGGUUAAACUGGAACACUGUGGAAGAAAAUUUAGAACUGCCCUUUAUUUGAAUGUUGUGUUAUAGAUCUGCUGGAAAAGCAUUAUAUCAAUUGCUCGAAUAUAUAUAACUAUCACAGGAGCUUAGUAAAUUGAUAUUGACUCCUAGGGAUAUGAAUAAAGUUAUUACUUUGCGAAUGUAGAGGAGGGUGUACCGGUGAGUGCAGUCAGAGGACAUUGUUCAGGGAUCUUACUGCAGUACUUGUGCACAUGUGAUUUAUUUUCUUUCCAUUUUUUCUCGUUUGGCUUGAAUUGUUGCUUAGUUUAUCCUUUUGUCCUUUCUGAAUCUCCCAAAAAGAGAGAUUGUCUCGUUCACAAAAGGUCUUUCCUUGGGCUUUUGCUAUCAUUCCAGAUACUGAUGGCAGCAGGUGAUACAUUUAGGGCAGCUACCAGUGACCAGUUGGAGAUGUGGACUGAAGGAUCUGGGUGUGAGAUUGUUGUGGCUGAAGGAGAGAAGGCCUAAUCAUCAUCAGAUAGACAGCUUCUUUAGCUUUUUCCAAUCUUUAAAAGUUUGAAUACUUGCUAUAGCUACUAACAUAUGAUCUUGAAGUGUUUUUCAAAUAGUUCUUUCUCAGGCUGUAAAGAAAGGGAAAGAACAAGAAUUUGAUAUUGUUUUGUGUGGCACAUCUGGACGUCUCCACACUAAUUACAGCCUCAUGGAUGAGUUAAAAGCAUGUAAGAAAGCUGCGGGCAAAAUAGUUCGUGGCGCACCUGAUGUUGUUGGAAUAACUGGUUUCAUUUUGACAAAACUCGAUGGUUCUGCUAGAGGCGGCUGUGUGGUCAGUGUAGAUGACGAGCUUGGCAUCCCUGUAAAGUUCGUGGGUGUUGGAGAAGGUGUAGAAGACCUCCAACCCUUUGAUGCUGAGGCUUUUGUUAACGCCAUAUUUUCAACGAGACGUUCAUGUCGCAGAUGAUGUGAAUAUGCAAGUCCGAUUUAAUAAUUUUGCCAGAGAUGCUUCAUCAUUUGAAACAGUGAUUGCAGUUGGCCAUGAUGCAUAUCGAAUUUCCAAGCAAAGAAGGAAUCUUAUCAAAGAAACAUGCAUCUAAAUGCACAACAUUACAGAGGACGAAAAGGCAACAGCAGCAGCUGCAGAACGCAGAAGUGAACACUAAAUGACCCACAAAAAUAUUAAAUUGGUUUUCUAAGAUUAUUAUGUCCUGUUUUGAGUUCAAGCACGCCCACACACUCGCACACUUUGAAAGGCACAUAAACAUAAACUAUCAGCUACCUACAACAGGAUAUCAGAAUACUGCAACGAGCACCUCAUUCUUAUUGAACAAAUUAAAAGAACUCGUUAAUGUUUGCAGGCAAA